CUGUUUUGUUGCUUAGGAGCGCAUGGAUUAACGCGUGACGGAAAGACUCCGGCGGAGGCGUGGACGUUCGAAAUGGACAGAACUUUAUGGAAGACUACCAUAACUUCAUACGCGGGUUGGUUCACUAAUUCAUUUCGACGACGAAGAUCAGUAUUAGUUGGUCUGUUACUGAGCAUACUUCUCCUAGUAAUUUGUGUACAAUACAACACGACAAACGAUAUAGGUAUCCAAAGUAUUCGAACUACCUUAAUAAUGUCUGAGUUUGAAACCAAUGAACAAGCUUUGAGCAAACAGCAACAAUCUGUGCCAAUCCCUGCACAAGUUAAAAAUAUAAAAAAAGACGAAGAUAUUAAUUUCAUUGAAAGACAGCAGCCGGCCCGUAAGAGUCGACGGACUCAACUCAAUACCGAACUUCAAGAACCACUGCCAUACGUGCCUCCUCAUCGAUUAGUGCACAUCGAUUUCAAAGGAGCACCACCCAAGUUGCUUUAUCUUCAAAAACUCUUUCCGUUAAUUAAGAAAUUUGGAGGGACUGGUCUUUUGCUUGAAUGGGAAGAUAUGUUUCCUUGGAGUGGAAAUUUGUCCCCAAUGGCUGCAGGAAACGCAUACUCCAAAGCAGAUAUCAAAGAGAUUUUAAAAAUGGCUUCGGAAAACAAUUUGGAAGUAAUCCCGUUGAUACAAACUUUCGGUCAUGUGGAAUUUGCAUUAAAACUACCAGAUUUCGCUCAUUUGAGAGAAGUCCAAGAAUCUCCACAAGCGCUUUGUCCGUCUAACAACGCUUCUUUGAAUUUCAUCGAACAAAUGAUCGAUCAAAUCCUGGAAAUUCACGGAAACGUGAAAUAUUUACACAUUGGUUGCGACGAGGUGUUCCAAAUGGGAGAAUGUUUCAGGUGUAGAGCUAAAGCCAGAGAAGACUUGUUCUUAUCGCACGUGAAACAGGUGGCCACGUAUGUACGCAUGAAGUCCCCGGUCACAACUCCUAUUAUUUGGGACGAUAUGCUACGACAUUUGUCCGUGGCCACAAUGCAGCUAUACGACAUUGGAAAAUUAGUUGAACCAAUGGUCUGGGUAUACGCCGAAGACGUGUACAGAUUUGUUAUGCAAAUCGUUUGGGAAAAAUAUCAAAUUGUUUUUCCUCACGCGUGGACAGCUAGUGCCUUUAAAGGUGCAUUUGGAGAGACAUUAUACAUUCCAAACGUUAAAAGACAUUUGGAAAACAAUUUAAAUUGGUUGCAAUUGAUGUCGAACGAAAACAGUCGGUUUACAGGAGGAUUUAAAGGAAUUGCCAUUACUGGAUGGCAGAGGUAUGAUCACUUUUCCGUUUUAUGUGAGGUCCUACCGUCAUCUAUACCGUCAAUGGUCGUGAAUCUUUUGGCCACCACUAAUGGCUACAUGAAUCAAUCUCUGCAAGCAAAUUUGAAUGAAGGACUCAAUUGUGGUAUUUUUAGCCAUACCAAUGAAUAUGAUGGAGAUUUUCUGAAUUUGAAUACUGAUCCUUAUCUCUGGGAACAGUUUUCAAGGUGCACUUUUCCUGGAAAUCAAUUUUUCAGGUUACUGUAUAGAUUGCACACUAUUGAAAUAGAUUACGAUGAAUUUAUUUUGGUGACUAAGAAAAAUCGUGGUUGGAUGACUAGUUACAAUGUAGAACAUGACUUUUCAGCACCAAUCCGUGUGGACGAGUUAAUGACUGACCAUUCUCACAUCCAUAGAUCCCUUUUAUCAUUAAUUAGACCGUUGCAGGAGUCACUGAUUGGAAUAUUUGAUAAAUACACGGUAUCUGAAUGGAUAGAACAAAGAAUUUAUCCAAUGAUUAGAGAAUUAGAAAAAAUACAAAAAGAAGCACACGAUUUGAAGGCUAAGAAGACAUGGCCUAAGAGACCCCUUCCUAUGUUGAAAGAACUGUCGAGAAUUGGAGUAACUGAUCGUGAACUUUCUACGCCAUCUAAUGACGGAACAUAAUUAUUGAUAUUUUUGUUUGUUAAUAAAAUGCGACUAUUAUAAAUUAGGUAUCAACCAUACGUCUUGUAGUUAAACAAGUAUACACGAGACCUUAAAACAUGGUAUAAAGUUGAUAAAGUUUCAGGGUUUUGUGCGAACUGCAUUUCAAAAGGGUAUUAUUGUAAAAUAAGUGAUUCAUAGUUAAAUGUUUGAUUAAGUUUGUCCCACCGAGUGUUAAGUAAGGUCUCGGUCUCUAUAGGAUAUGUGCAAUAUAGUAAAACCAUACGAUAAAUCUAAAUUUGUAAAUAUAAAUUGACCAAAAUGUAUUAAGUUUUAAUUUUAAAACAUAACUUGAUUGACACAAGAACUUGCACAACAAUGCUGUGCCAUGUGAGUUUUAACUUCAUUAUAUCUUUAUUAAUUAUUAAAUUUAGGAACAAUUUAAUUAAAAUUAAUUUUAUUAAAAACUUG